AUGCCGACAUUGGUUGUGACAAACUUCAAUAUCGUGUGCGCUGUGCUAGGUGGAUUUAUAUCGUUGUUCGGGCUGGUCAGUUAUCUGUUCAAAGAGAGAUUCUACCUCUCCGAAGCUUUGAUUUCCAUGGUGGCGGGAAUCAUAUUUUCUCCGCAUGCUACAAAUUUCAUCCGACCGCUCGAAUACGCGGGCGAGCUACAGGAGAAUCUCGACUACAUCACGUUGUACUUCUCCCGACUGGUGCUCGGCGUUCAGCUCGUCAUUGCCGGCGUGCAGCUCCCGAGCCGAUAUCUGUACACGGAAUGGAAAUCAUUGGCUCUGCUUUUGGGCCCCGGAAUGGUCAUCAUGUGGCUUUCCGGCAGCCUCUUGAUCUGGGCCAUGGUUCCCGACUUCCCCUUCCUACACGCUUUGGCGGUCGGCGCGUGUAUCACUCCCACCGAUCCCGUGCUGUCCAACUCCAUCGUCAAGGGGAAAUUCGCCGACGCGAAUGUUCCCAAGCCGCUCCAAAAGAUCAUUGUUGCCGAGUCCGGGGCGAAUGAUGGGCUUGGAUAUCCUUUCUUGUUCCUGGCCUUGUAUCUGAUCAAAUACACCGAGAUAGGUGGGGCUGGUCAAGAGGGUGGUGCCGGAAAGGCGAUAGGGUUGUGGUUUGGCGAGACAUGGUGUUACACCAUCUUGUUGAGCGUCGGCUAUGGGAUUGCAGUCGGAUGGCUGGCUAAAGAAAUGCUCCAUUAUGCCGAAGAGAAGAGGUUUGUCGAUCGAGAGUCUUUUCUUGUUUUUGCAAUCUCCCUCGCCCUCUUCUUGAUCGGGAGCUGUGGUAUGAUUGGCAGCGACGAUGUGCUGGCCUGUUUUGUGGCUGGAAAUGUCUUUACAUGGGAUGAUUGGUUCCGAUUGGAGACAGCGGACGAUUCACUUCAACCGACAAUUGAUAUGCUGCUAAAUAUCUCUGUUUUCGCGUGGUAUGGUGCUAUAUGUCCAUGGGCAUUGUUUCGAACCAACGACGUCAUACCACUAUACCGACUGGUUUUCUUGGGAAUUUUGGUACUGCUAUUCCGACGAAUGCCAAUGGUGUUUGCCUUCCACAAAAAGAUACCCGAAAUCGAGCAACUGCACCAAGCGGCGUUCGUGGGCUACUUUGGUCCGAUUGGGGUCUCGGCGGUGUUCUAUCUCUAUGUUAGCAUUGACUUUCUACGCCAGAUCCAUGCGGAGGGUGAGUUGCGAGAAGAUUUGGUGCGACUGGAAGAAGUGAUGAGAGUGGUGAUUUGGUUCCUGGCCAUUUGUAGCAUUGUGGCACACGGAUUGUCGAUUCCUCUUGGUAAGAUGGGAUUCUACACGGGGAGGACCAUGUCACAAGCGCUGAGCAUUGAGCGAGAAAGCGAAUCAAGGUCGACCGGCCUGGGACAGGGACAGGCAACUGGUGGUCGUGGAUACCUAGUACGGCGUCGGAGGGGACAUGGCAAUCAAGACCCCGAACAAACUCCAAGGGCUGAAGUGUUUCGCAUUGGGCGGCCAACAUUGGCAGCAGGCUCUGGAGAAGAAGAUGGCAUUGAAAUGUCAAGCUCGGAGGAGCCAAGUCGACCAGUCCGAUUCAUCGACAGUGGACCUCCAACGGGUAGCCAGACUCCAGUGGAGGAAGUGAAGGAUGAAGCAGGGGACAAGGUUGGAUCAAGUUCGGAUUAA